AAGUGUAUGUAAACUUCUGACUUCAACUGUAGCAAAAUUCCAAUGCCAACAAAGUAAAACAUCUCAUUGCAUAGCAGUAUCAAAGCAGGUCCCCCUCUCCCACCACACAGGGAACCCCACAUUCUUCUAAAUUCCCACCAACUUGAAAUAUCCCACCGACAUCAAUUCAACGUCUAUUUCAUGUUGGUUCAAUGUAAUUUAAUUGAAAUUAUAUGGAACAAAUGUUGAUUCACCCAUUGUGUGCCCGGUGGGAUGGUGACAGGGAAAUGAAGAGAGCAAGCAGGUCAGCAAGGCAGACAACAGACAACAAUGACGGAUGGAUAUUUAACAGUAUGACGUAUAUAUGACACGUUACGUUAUUGCAUAUGCUUAAUGCAAUAGGAUGUGUCAACAUAAAUGACCAGGUUGGAACAGAAGGAUAUCAUCGCAUUUGAACAUGGCCAAAUGGGGUGAUCGCAGACUUCCUUCCUUAUUUUUGGCGAUAUCAUAUCCCCAGUGCUUCCCCUCUCUUGCGUUCAAGAACAUGAUGCAAUAAUGGCAGAAGGAGUACAAGAGUGAGGAGAGAAGGAAGACUGAGACGUGGAGGCAAAUGGACGGACGGGCAGUCAGAUAGACGGACAGAUAAAACAUUUACAAAAUAGCCAACAAAUGCACUUCCUGUGGAUUUGCUCUGAGAAGAUCAAUGGUAAAACGAAGAUAACUCCACAAGUGAACCAGCUCAUAAAGGAGGAUCAGAUGGUGACAGGAGUCUCAGCAGCCAGGCAGCUAGGGAAGACCAGUCUGUGACAGAGUAGUGAGGACUGCUAAUCCCGAAGAUCUACAAACCACAGAUUCUUCAAUUCCCUCCCAAAAUGGCGUCAGACCUCUCCAUCUCCGCUGGCCCCCCAAGCUCCCCUCCACCUCUCCUCUCGCCUCCUCUCCUUUCUCACCUAUCAAACCAGAUCGGCAUCUCCAUCCUGGUCCUAGCAUUCUUCUUCGGUUUCCCCGGUAACCUGUUUGUUGUGUGGUCGGUGCUGUGCCGUGUGAGGCAUCGUUCAGUUACCUGCCUGCUCGUCUUAAACCUCGCCGUGGCCGACGCGUUGGUGUUGCUAAGCUCCCCGCUUUUCCUGCGCUUCCUGGCAGGCGGGCGAGGCUGGGAGUUCGGGGCGGUGGCCUGUAAAUUGGUACACUACCUGUGCUGUGUCAACAUGAACGUGUCCAUCUACCUGAUCAUGCUGAUGAGCUUGGAUCGCUGGCUGGCAGUCGCAAGGCCCUUCCUGGCCCAGAGGAUGAGGACAAAGAAAACCCUGAUGGCCGUUCUACUGGGGAUCUGGGUGCUGGCUUUCGUCUUUGCACUGCCCAUGGCCUUCUAUCGCAGUAACCUGAAGCUGCACUUGAACAGCUCUGUGACCGUCUGCAUGUCGUACCACUGGAAAAGUGUGGGUCACCAGGUGUUCCAGUACCUGUUUGAGACCGUCCUGGGCUUCUUCCUCCCUUCCACUUUCAUCAUCGUCUGCUACACCUCUGUCAUCUGUGGACUACGCAGGGCCAUGUUCCAGCACAAGGCGGGAAACCGUCUCAUCCUCCUCAUCAUCGGCACCUUCGCUCUCUUCUGGCUGCCCUACCACGUGGUCAACAUCUUACAGGUGAUUGGUCUACUUGGUGGUAACGACACUCUGUUUAAAGCAGCCGCGGUGGCCCGUCCCAACGCCACAGCGCUCGCUUUCCUGAGCAGCAGCGUGAACCCUGUACUGUACGUAUUCGCUGGCAGCUCCCACAUCCGCCAGGCCGGCCUCAGCUUCAUGGCCAAGCUCUUCGAGGGCACCAACAUUGAGGGAGGGACCUCUGCCUCCUUUACCCGCAGCACAAAGUCCAGCCGGAGUGGUUCCUCAGCCCCACUCAAGCUGGGGCGGUCGGGGAAGGGGAAGGAGGGGGAUGGGAAUAGUGUGACGGAGCUGCAGGAAGUUGAGGUCAAGGUUAAGUCCAAGCCGGAGCUCAAGACUUUGACAUCCAAUGAUCCGUUGGAGUAGUGUUACUUUUUGUGGCCUACUGUACUAGUCAUAGGUUAACCGUAUUUAAUGUAUUUCACAGAUCUUUGAUACAAUUUGUGCUUUAUAGCUCGCGUUUGUGGUUGCCUCCAUGCAAUUUCUGGAUAAAAAUAUUAUAAAAUACCCUUAAUGUUUUAACCUGUUGACAAAUUGAGUCAGUAUAGCGAUUUCUUCAAGGAAGAAGGGAAGGAAUUGUUCGAGACACUUACACGCAAGGUAGAGGGGAGAGUGUGGUAAUUUGAGCCAAAGGGGUAAGUUGAGCCACCCUUGUUUCUCGGAAACCAUACACAAAAUUAAUAAUUUGACCCAAUAUUUUAUGGUGUACGUGAAGGAAGAAACCACAUGGGAAAAGCAAGUUAGGUCCAAAAAACGGAUUUUCACCAAGUCAAAUGAAUUUAUUG